AUGGCUUUAGCAAUGAAUGCAACAGUCACAGUCUCAUGUGAAGCAAAUCAAGAACAAUCAGGACCAACAAUUGUUCAUAGUACUGGUGUUCAAAAUUAUCGUAUUCAACCUGAACUUAUUCGACUUUUACAAGAAUCUUGUUCAAAUGACAAUUUAUGUGAUCAUGAAAAAGGUGUUCAAUGUACACAUCCACCAGCACAUAUUCUUGAUGUAUUUAAAAAAGCAGGUUUUACUGUAACAAGUGAAUCAAAUUCUGGUAGUCGUAAAUUAUGGAUGUUAACAAAAACAGAAGAAGGUGGAUCUAGUCAUCCUUCAGGACCAACACCAACACCACAUAAACCUGAUGCAAAACCAACACCAAAACCAACUGAUGAAGAAGAAGAACCAGCUGAAGAGGGAAAUGACGAAGAAGAAGCUGGCGAAGAAGAGGAAGAAGAAGAAGAAAAAUAA